AUGCCCUCAUAUGCUGCUUCUUCUGACUAUUUCUCGGAGGAAGACCCCUCAUGGGUUGCUGCUCUCCAUGCCGCAGUGUUGCCAGGAGAUCUUCCUCCUUCCUCCGAGCCAGGCUCACCUGCUUCGGAAGAGUUUGAGCCACCACCGCCCGCGCAACCACGAAAGCGACGAUAUGAACCGUCCCCUGAAGCCGACCCUGUUGACGAGGUGAUUUAUGGUGCCGCACAUUUUGGAGAUUUCGGGGAGUACAUGCAGCGAAAGCGAGCCAAACUCCAAAUCCAGAAUUCGGAAAUGGUCGACGCAGCUCAUAGUCGGAUAUUCGCGGGACUUGCAAUCUAUGUCAAUGGUCAGACUGAUCCUCCUCAACACGAGCUCCGGAGGAUUCUCGUUGAGAACGGCGGUAUUUUUGAGCCCUAUCUCGUGAACAAGGGGAAAGUGACACAUAUCGUUACGGAUAAUCUCACCGACGCCAAAAUACGCGAGUUCAAGAACAUGAAAGUUGUUCGCCCACAAUGGCUAACGGAAAGCGUCAAAUCCGGAAGCCUUCUGCCUUGGAAAGACUUCGUAUGGACUAAAGAUGUUGCUCCUGCCGCAACUCAGGCCAUCGCACCAUCCAUCCCGCGUUAUGCAGCGAACCCAUCUAAUCUAAAUGCUCAGCGCGUUAUGGCCGAGCCUGGUUGGCGUACCGCAAACACAGCAGCGGCUCCUGGUUAUGUCAAAAACUAUUACCAGCAUUCGCGCCUUCACUUUCUGUCAACCGCCAAAAGUGAACUCCAGCAGCUUGUGAGAGAAGCAAGAGUCCAGGCCGAAAAUCCAGGAAGGGCCGGCAUAGCACCAAUUUCACCCCGUAAAGGAAAGGGACGAGAUGAAGAACGUGUUAUCAUGCAUUGCGACUUCGACUGUUUUUUUGUGUCGGCUAGUCUUUUGAAACGACCAGAGCUUCGCGGAAAGCCUGUCGUCGUGUGCCAUUCUCAAGAUGGCCAAGGAGGAGAUGGUAGUACGAGCGAAGUGGCCUGCGCAAGUUAUGAGGCUCGAGCACUUGGUGUUAAAAAUGGAAUGAGUCUUCGGCAAGCAAGACAAUAUUGCCCUCAAGUUAUCACAAUGCCCUACGAAUUCGAAAGCUACAAGAAAAUUUCCCUCAAAUUCUACACGAUUCUCUUGUCCCGCGCUGAUGAUGUGGAAGCGGUUUCAAUCGACGAGGCUCUGAUCGAUGUUACGCACCAGAUUCGAAAAUUCAUUACAUCUCCAGACCCUGCCAAAGAGUUCGCUGAGCACCUCCGAGCAGAAGUUAAAGGGGCUACAGAGUGUGAGAUUAGCAUUGGGAUCUCCCACAAUGUUCUCCUCGCCCGUCUCGCCAAUCGUCGAGCUAAGCCUGCUGGCUCGUUGCACGUGCUUCCUCAAGAUGUCCCAGAGUUAAUAUCAACCUUGAACAUCACCGACCUGCGUGGCUUUGCAGCGUCUGCUCGCGUCAAGGCAGAGGAAAAGCUUGGGUCAAUUGCACUGAAGGAUCUAGCGAAGAAAACUCGCGCAGCCCUGUCUGAUGCCCUUGGUCCUAAGACCGGCGAGAAACUGUACAACGCAAUCCGAGGAAUAGAUGAUACACCACUAGUAUCGGAUCGGCAGCCUCAGUCGGUUUCUGCUGAACUCAACUAUGGUAUACGGUUCAAGUCAGAUGAAGAAGCCGCAGCUUUCCUCAUGGAAAUGGGAAGUGAAGUUGAACAGCGAUUGCAUGCCGUCAACGUGUUGGGUCGCUCCCUGACUUUGAAGGUGAUGAAGCGCCAUCCCGAUGCCCCGGUGGAAGGCCCCAAGUUCAUGGGUCAUGGAAAAUGUGAAGACUUCAGCAAACAAGUACCCCUAUCGGGUCCUGGGGGUCGAGCAACAAGCGACGGAAAGAUCAUCGGAGAAAUCGCCUAUAAACUGCUCAAGUCUUUCCGUUUCGACCCUCAAGAUUUGCGAGGUAUCGGCAUUCAGAUUCAGAAGCUAGAACCACUCAGUGGUCCUAUUAAUCGUGGACCAAACCAGCAAAUGUUACCAUUCCAACGACCCGAGAAUGCGAGCAUCAUCAACCAUCAAGCUAUUGGACAAACCGACCCAUUUUCGAAAUUACCAACAGAAGAGGCGCCAUCAGACAUCUCCGGACUACCACCCUACGAAGCAGUUGACCCGGAUGUGUUUCGCGAACUACCCCCAAGUAUACAAGGAGAAAUGCGACAACAUUGGGCGAGAUCGGAGUCCGUGUCGCCUCGAAAGGCUGUGGCUCAAGUUCAGCCUCGAAACGUGACAUUUCGUGGCCCAGUCAAGUCUAUAUUCCCAACUCGACAUGGGCUGCAACGAGGAAACCGACCAUUACAAUCCAAGUAUGGGCCUACUAAUAAUCGGUUCAUCGACAAGAAGUUCUUUGAAAGUCGAAAGCUGCGCAACCGGAGAGAGCAGCCUAACGACAAGGAGUUGCACGAGCUCGGGAUUGACCUUGACUGGUGGGCAGAGCUGCAGAAGGACAACACUUCAAAGAAUGUGUUGCGUGAUAUUUUGCGAGAGCAGCGAAUAUUGGUUGCGAAUGGCGGGAAAGCCCCGACUCCUCCGACCCCGAAGGAGCACAAGCCAAAGAAGUAUGUUCCGCGUCCAGAUUUAUAUCGCCAUCCACUGCCCCAAGCGAAAUACCCCGACCUUCCUCGACUUGCGCAGCGGGUUCACAACGAGGAUAAGCCUAAAAAGACCAAGGCCUUCUUCAAAGAAACGGACGACGUCCAAAACCUUGUUGAAGCCUGGGUGGACUCGUUCAAAAAUUUCCCUCCUGAGGCCCAGGACAUUGAAUACGUGAGCAAGUUCCUCACGAAAGCGAUGGAUAGCAAACAGUUCACGGACACGAGCGUUGAGCGGACGAUUGCGGUAGUCAAGUGGUGGCUGGAGCUGUUGCGGCGGUAUUGGGGCGACUACGAGUUUUAUGCGCGGAGGCUGGAUGAACAGGAGGAGGGUGAGGUCGCAGAGGCGUGGUGGAAGGCUUUUCGUGAUGUGAAGGAGCAACUGGAUAUUAUUGCGCGGAAGAAGUGGGGUGGGCGGUUGGCCAUACGAUGA